AUGGCCCCUAAGCCGCUUGCCUUGCCCUCGCAACUCCUCAGAGAGAUCGGCGAACCAGAAAAGUCCAGCACCUCCCGAUCCAACGGACGAUGGAAGAGUCAGGAGCAAAACAGAAAAGACCGGCGGAGAGCCGAGAGGCAAUCGAAGAAGCAGCGGCAGACCACAGCACGGAAGGAUCCCACUAAACAAAUCCAACGUCACAACGAAAGAGACCAGAAGGGCGUCGACGAGGGCCCCUUUGAUGAUGCCGAGGAACCACCUGCGCAGCAACAUCCCUGGAAAUCCAUGUUGAAAAAGCGGAAACGAGAAGAUCCAGGCGAGGCCGACGAUAGUGAUGAAACAGAGCAGCCACCAGCCGCAAAGCAACCAUCCCGUGGCGUACGAGAGAAGCUGGCCAAAGACGAUGCUGAGAUUGAGCAACUCGAGCGCAAACUAGGGUUGAAAAAGGGACGCAAGUCACUGCCAAAGUCUUUCAAGGAUGACGGGCUGGACGAUCUGCUGGGCGAUCUUAAUGACGCCAGUGACUCGGAUGAAGGGGGCCGCAAGGUGAAGAGUGAGGCCGAAGAGUGGCUAGCGCAAAAACGAAGGAAAGCGAAUAGCAUACUUGCGAAAGCACAGCGCGCUUCAGAAAACGACGAGGAUGAAGAAGAUGAGGAAUCAUCCAGCGACGAACUCAAAGUUACUAGUAACGAUGACGACGACGACGACGACGACGACGACGACGACGACGAUGCCAUGGCCUCUGAAUAUUUGGACGCUUCAGACGAUCAGGGUUCCUUCAAUGACUUCGACUCGGAAGAGGAAGAGACAAUACAAGACACCAAACGUGUCAGAGAAAACCCCUAUUUACCACCGAUUGCAGCCGGCACACAGCUUCCAAAGUACAUUCCCCCAUCAUUGCGGGCGAGAUCCGGCAGCGAUGCAGACAUGGAGGCCCAGAUUCGUAGGAAACUACAAGGCCCUGUCAACAGAGUGACUGAAGCCAACCUGACGUCCAUUGUUGGCGAGAUCGAAAGAAUUUACCAGGACCAUCCCAGGGGCCACACCAACAACAUCCUGACCAGCCUUCUGAUGGCUCAGAUCUGCGACCCUACGAGCAAGCCUGACACGUUGUUGGUUCUUUCUGCCGGCUUCAUUGCGGCCCUCUACAAAGUUAUUGGUGUCGACUUUGCAGCCCACUUCCUCACCACGUCCGUAGAGCGGUUCCAGGUGGAGAGGAGGAAGGCAGUUGCAGCAGCGGCCAAGCAGCAGAUACCGACAAAAGAAACGUCCAACUUGCUCACGGUGCUGUCGGAGAUGUACAUCUUCCGCGUCGUUGGCAGCAAUCUCAUGUUCGACUUUGUGCGGCUGCUUCUCGGCGACCUCUCAGAGCUGAACGCCGAGCUUCUGCUGCGAAUUUUGCGCAAGGACGACCCAUUGGCCCUGAAGGACAUUGUUAGCCUGAUUCGUCCAGCCGUGGCCAAGAUUGGGGAGGGUAACCUGACGGUUCGUACAAAGUUCAUGAUUGAAACCAUCAGCGACCUCAAGAACAACAAGAUCAAGGCCGGCGCACAGGAUUUGGUUAUUCUCAAUGAGCAUGUAACACGCAUGAGGAAGGUAUUGGGGUCCCUCGACACACUCAAACUUAGAGCUACAGAACCUCUGCGGAUUGGUCUCAAGGACAUUGAGAACGCAGACAGGACUGGAAAGUGGUGGCUGGUUGGUGCUAGUUGGGCAGGUCAGGGUGCGCAAGAUGCGAAACAAAACGAUGACAAGGCUGCGGUACCGGAAAGAUCGGGGUCCGGUAACGGCAUCAACGAUGAUGACGAGGUGGCCAUUACGGACGCCGAUGACCUGGCCACACCCGACUACGCCCAGCUUGCUAGAGAACAGGGCAUGAAUACAGACGUGCGAAGAGCCAUCUUUAUUGCCUUAGUGGCCGCCGCCGACUACCAAGACGCGUACAUGCGGAUUCUCAAGUUGCGGCUCAACAAGUACAACCGACGCGAGGUGCCGAAUGUGCUGCUUCAAUGUUCAGGGGCACAACAACACUAUAACCCCUAUUACACUCUGGUGGCAAGAAAGUUUUGCAGCGACUCGAGGAUCAAGCAUGCUUUCAGGGACACAUUAUGGACGCUGUUCCGCAGACUCGGCGAGCCUUUGUUUGGAGAAGAACCAGAGGAAGAGGACGAGGAGGCAGCAGAUGAUCGGCGGCUCAUCAACACUGCCAAGAUGGUUGGAAGUCUGGUUGCCGAUGGGUCUAUCGGCCUUGGGAUCCUCAAACCUAUCAACUUGGCGUACGUCAAGGAGACAACGAGUUUGUUCGUCGAGGUGAUGCUCAUCACUGUGCUUCAAGAGUGUAGCCGGGUCAAGAAUAAGAGUUUGGAACAGGCACUCAGCGUGCCUUUAGGCAGUGGCUUGGCCCCAGCCCUCGCACGAAGUCUGGGCUAUUUCUUGCGCAAAAAGGUACGAGUCACGGAUUUGGUUGGAGGUAAAAAGGAUACCAAGAAGGUCAAGGAGGCCUGCAAGGUUGCUGAGGGGUUGCUUGAGAGGCCAGGUAUUGAUGAGGCAUAG